AUGUCUACUGGUAAUAUUCCUACACCAGUUCCACCAACUACUGACAAUAAAUCUGAUGAUUUAUCUUCAUCAUCUGAAUCAAUAUUUAAUAAAUCAACUCUCAGUCUACCAAAACCUACAACUAAACGAUCUAAGAAGCUUUCUACUGUUAAGAAUACAAAUUAUAAACCUAUAUGUACCGCAACUUCUCAAAGUCGUCUUGCGGAUCAGGUUAGUCAUCAACAAUCUGAAAUAACUAAUUUAAAUAAAUUUAUGUAUGAUCUUCAACUUGAGUUUGAUCAGUUAAAAUCUGCCGUUCACUCUGCACGAAAUUCACCAACUUCACUUUGUCAAUCAAAUUCUAUUCAGAAUUAUCAACAUCAAUCUGUUGAUCAUAAUUCAGCUGCUUCACCGGCACAUACUCGCCAUCAUUAUGACACGUGCACGUCUAUACCAAUUCAAUCAAAUCAACCUCAUACAUUACCAAGUGUUGAUCAACUUUAUUAUUUACAAGAAGCUUUACAACAAUCGAAUAUCGCACUUGCUCGUCGUGAUAUUGAACUAGAUCAUCUUCGUCAAGAAAUUGAUGAACUUCGUUAUUCUCGUUCAACAUUUAACAAGAGUCCUCUACAAGUACGACCACCAUCUAUAGCUUCAACACAUAUACCAUCUACUCAUUCUAAUACAUCUGCAUUUAUUCCAAUUGGUUCUCAUUCAAAACCACCAUCAAUUAUACCAGCUGCACCUGCUUAUACAUCUCCAUCAACAAUGCCAUUUACUAUGACAUUAAACAAUACUCUACCUAAUUUUAGCGGUAGAGAAACGGAAUUACCAAUAAAAUUCAUUAAAGAAUUUGAAGUUCGUGCAUCUGGACUUGUUGGUUAUAAUGAUGAUUAUUUACUUCGUGCUGUUCAACAAACCUUAUCUGACAGCGCACUUACAUGGUUUAUACAGAUACAACAAGAACAAUCUAUUGUGACUUGGUCACAAUUUAAAAUAUUAUUUCUUCGGCGAUUUCGUACUCCAGAAAAGAUUGAACUUUUCCGUAAUCGCUUACGCAGUUUAUGGCAAGGUGAUCAUGAAUCAACAGCUGAUUAUUAUGAACGCUUAAAAGCAUUAAUAUCCGAAAUUGAUCCUGAAACAUCAAGUGAUUAUCUUAAACGAAAAUUUUUACAAAAAUUACGUAAAGAUAUACGCGAUAAAAUGUUACUUGGUCUUACUUCUCCAUUGUCUGAUCUUGUUCAAAAAGCUACUGAAAUUGAAUCCAGUCUUAUACAACAAAAAAUUGAUGAUAAACUUCGUGCUGCUCAUAAAGAUGCUACCAACACGAAAACAAACAUUACAACUAUUAAUCAUUUGUCAAAUAUAUCUCAAUCUCAUCCGUCAUCUUCAUCAACUCGUACUGCACCAACUGCAUCUAAUAAUAAUUCCAACAAUUCCAACUACAAUACUAAUGAAUCUGAUUAUUCUCAUACUCACAAUACACGUACUUUUACCAACUCAGCUAGAUUGUCACCUCGAUAUACUCAACUUGAUAAUGAUUCAUCUUUUCCUCGAUCAAAUUUUAAUCGCAAUCUUCAAUCAACACGUCGUAAUAAUAAUAAACGAUGGUGUUCAUUUUGUUCAAGUACUAGUCAUACUUGGUCUCAUUGUUAUUCUAAUCCACGUGGUCCUUAUUAUCAAUCUGAACGUGCUCCACUUCUACAUCAUCAACAACAACAUCAACAGCUAACUCAAUCAUUUGCACCAUCAUCUGAUCAUUCUCAACAACCACAUUCUGAUCCACAAUUUAAUUAUCGAGCAACAACUCAAAAUAAAUUUAUCAAUAACUCUCCAUUACAACAACAUUAUGAACACUCUUCUCAGGAAGACUUGACUCCCACAUCAAUAUCCUCCUCUUAUCCAUCAACAUCAUCAUCUCAACCAUCAACAUCAAUCUUCUCAUCUCAUCCAACCUCAUCGUUAUCUCCACCAUCACCAUCGUCAACUCUUCCAUUUAUAACUUCAUCUGAACUUAUUUCUAAUGAAUGUAUUAACACUAAUCCAUGUAUAAAUUCAUCUCAAACUACAAUUACAUCUACAAUACCAUCUUCAACAACUCAUUCAACUUCUGAUCGUGCAUUUAAUUCUAAUAAUAAUAUUCUUAUCAAUUCACCAUCUGCAUCAUAUUUAAUAGCUGAAGCUAAAAUUAAUGAUAUAUCUUGUCGUGUACUUCUUGAUACCGGAUCUGGUCUUACAAUUAUUAGUUCUCGAUAUUGGUCACUUAUUGGUGAUCCAUUUCUUUCUUCAGAACCCUAUCAGGGUCCUGAUAUUCAUGGACCUGAUGGUAGUUCUAUUUUUCCUGUUGGAUUAGUAGAAAUUACAAUUACUAUUGCUGGUGUUAUUGUUCAACAUAAAGCUGUGUUAGCCCAAAAUUUUGAACAUUUAAUAUUACUUGGAAAUGAUUUUAUGAAACUUAUUGGACUUGUACUCGAUAUCCAGGCUAACAAAAUGUGGUUACGUUCUCGACCUGCUCUUACAUAUACUAUUUCAUCUGAUCUUAGUCAUGCUAGUCGAAUGGAAAUACCUCUUCUUUCUACUCAAACAUAUACUAUUCCAUCAUUUCAUUUUGCUUUUAUUCAAGUUAAAACACCUUCAGCUAUUUCAUCUGACUUAUGGGAAGCAUCGGUUACUGGUGUUCGUCGUCAUGUUAUUGCUGCUAAUUCUUUAGUUCGUAUUAAAAAUAAAUGUUGCCUUAUUCAAGUUGCUAAUUUAUCAUCUAAAUCUCAAGUCAUUUAUCCUGGUGAACGUUUAGCUAUUGCUGAUUUAUAUCAAGGUAAUGAUGUUGUUAAUGCUGAUGCUCAUAUUUUAUCUACAACAUCAUUGUCAACAACAUCACCAUCUACACCAUCAUUUGAAGAUUCUUCAACUUUAUCCAUAACUACUUCAUUUGAUUUCUUAACCAAUUUAAAUCUUACUGAUACUGAUAUUACUUCAUCUCAAGUGGAACAACUUCGAUCUCUUCUCGUUAAAUAUCAUCAAUGUUUUGAUGAUAAACUUGGUCGUACUUCACUUGUUCAACAUCAUAUCGAUACUAGUACUACUAAACCAAUUAAAUUACGACCUUAUCGUGUUUCACCUCAUCGUAAAGAUAUUAUAUCUAAUGAAAUUACAACAAUGUUAAAUGCUGGUAUUAUCGAACCAUGUAUUAGUCCUUAUGCUGCACCUAUUACAUUACAACCAAAGAAGGAUGGUUCUUUACGUUUUUGUAUUGAUUAUCGUGAACUUAAUUCUGUUACUGUACGUGAUGUUUAUCCAAUACCACGCAUUGAUGAUACACUUGAUCAAUUACAACACGCCAAAUAUUUUUCAUCUAUGGAUCUUCGUUCUGGUUUUUGGCAAAUUGAACUUGAUCCAGCUAGUCGUGAUAAAACAGCAUUUAUUUCACAUGCCGGUCUUUUUCGAUUUCGUGUUAUGCCAUUUGGUUUAAC